AUGAAGCUGAUUGGCAGCGAUUCCAAAGAAUCACCUCUAUAUCCAAGGUAUGCUAAUUUAACUCAAGGUGAGAGAUUCCAAAGACUAUUCGAACAAUCCAAAGCUCGAGCACAUUACUUUGGAUUGGCAAGAGCUGCAGCUUAUAAUAAAAGCAGCUCCAUGAACCCCGACAUUGUAUGUCCACCUGUAAAAUACAUGGAGAACGGAAACUAUUACAUUGCUGAGCUAAGUUCAAGUACAUAUCGCCGUAUCCCUUGUCAAAAUCUUGAUGUGUGUGACGCAGGACAUUGCGAGCACGGGUUUUGUACGUACAAACAGGGAUAUGUGUCCGGACCAGAGACAUCCGGUCAUCUUGCUUAUGAAAGGUUCACUAUGAACUCAGACACCGGUGCCCGUGAAAGUGUUGAAAGCAUCAUAAUGGGUUGCGGUAUUAAUCAAAGGAAUUUCGGACCAGUACUUGGUGUUCCUGACAUUCGUGAGGGUGAUCGUGACUUCCCUCCGCCGAAACCUGCACCUGGAACUGCUCCUAUAGCAGGAAUUCUCGGUUUAGGACAAGGAGCCUCGAAUUUUUCUCUGGUGCUUCAGUUGGAUAUUGAAAAACGAUUUGAAUACUGUUUGGAGGCAUAUGACGUUCAAGGCAUUAAGUUUUCACACACGUAUUUAAGAUUUGGUCACGACACAAUAAUUGGAGAAGGACCCGAAGUACUUAAAACUCCAAUAAUUCAAAACCCAAACUUCGGGACGCCUUACCACUUGAUUCUAGAGGAUAUUAGUGUAGCUAACAGAAGGCUAGGGUUUCAAAAAAGUGAUUUCGAGCUUAAGCCGGACGGAACUGGUGGGACUAUCAUAGAUUCAGGGGAUCCAUUUACCAUUAUGAUUAGGCCUCAUUUUGAAAGAGUUAAGCAAGCGUUGUUAGAAUAUUUUGAAGAUUUUGGUAUUUAUUCUGCUGGUCCUGCACAUGGGUUCGAUCCUUGUUUUCAUUUAUCAGCCGAUUUGGUUGAGUAUCCGGAGAUGACAUUUCAUUUUCAGGGGGCGGAUGUUGGGGUAUAUAUUUAA